CGUUACGUCUUUACGUCACGGUCAUCUCAGCAGUCACGUCCCCCCUCGUUUGUACAUUGUAGCGACCGAGUGAAAGGAAGUGGGGAGGACGGAUCCUUCAAAUACCUGAGUACUAAACGGUACCUCGUUUUUGUAGCUCCGCCGCGGCCUCUGGCCCGUCUCGAGAUACAUUACUGGCACCAUGAAUUGGAACAAAGGCGGUCCUGGCACCAAGAGGGGCUUUGGUUUUGGCGGCUUCUCGAUAUCAACUGGAAAGAAGGAGGAGCCCAAGCUCCCGCAGCAGUCCCACAGUGCCUUUGGAGCCACUGGUGGUCCUGCUGGGUUUGGGAAGACUCCGCCACCUCAGCUGCCUUCAUUUUACAAGAUUGGAUCUAAACGGGCAAAUUUUGAUGAAGAGAAUGCGUACUUUGAAGAUGAGGAGGAAGAUUCCAAUAAUGUUGACUUGCCAUACAUUCCUGCUGAAAACUCUCCUACUCGGCAGCAAUUCCAUUCCAAACCAGCGGACUCGGAUAGUGAGGAUGACCCAUUGGAGGCAUUCAUGGCAGAAGUGGAAGAUCAAGCUGCUAGAGACAUGAAAAGAUUAGAAGAUAAAGACAAGGAAAGAAAGAAUACAAAGGGUAUACGCGAUGAUAUUGAAGAGGAAGAUGAUCAAGAAGCUUACUUCCGCUAUAUGGCCGAAAACCCCACUGCUGGAUUGGUUCCAGAAGAAGAGGAAGAUAACUUGGAGUAUGAUAGUGAUGGCAAUCCAAUAGCUCCAUCCAAAAAAAUUAUUGAUCCUCUGCCACCUAUUGAUCAUUCAGAGAUUGAAUACCCGCCGUUUGAGAAAAACUUCUAUGAUGAGCAUGAAGAAAUCACCAGUCUCACCCCACAACAAGUAGUGGAGUUGCGCCAUAAGUUAAAUCUCCGGGUCUCUGGUGCUGCUCCUCCAAGGCCAGGAAGUAGUUUUGCUCAUUUUGGUUUUGAUGAGCAACUUAUGCACCAGAUCAGAAAAUCAGAAUACACUCAGCCCACUCCUAUCCAGUGUCAGGGUAUUCCAGUGGCACUCAGUGGCAGAGACAUGAUUGGCAUUGCAAAAACUGGUAGUGGAAAAACUGCAGCUUUCAUUUGGCCCAUGUUAAUCCAUAUCAUGGAUCAGAAGGAGCUGGAGCCAGGGGAUGGUCCCAUUGCUGUAAUUGUGUGUCCAACUAGAGAAUUGUGCCAACAGAUCCAUGCUGAAUGCAAGCGUUUUGGAAAAGCCUACAAUCUGCGGUCCGUAGCAGUAUAUGGUGGAGGAAGCAUGUGGGAGCAGGCCAAGGCUCUUCAGGAAGGGGCAGAAAUUGUUGUCUGCACUCCUGGCCGUUUGAUUGAUCAUGUGAAGAAGAAAGCUACAAACCUUCAAAGAGUCACUUACCUUGUGUUUGAUGAAGCUGACAGGAUGUUUGACAUGGGUUUUGAAUACCAAGUCCGAUCAAUUGCCAGUCAUGUCCGCCCUGAACGACAGACUCUUCUGUUCAGUGCAACUUUUCGGAAGAAGAUUGAGAAACUGGCCAGGGACAUUCUGAUUGACCCAAUUCGAGUGGUGCAGGGAGACAUUGGAGAGGCAAAUGAAGAUAUCACUCAAAUUGUGGAGAUCUUCACCUCUGGUCCAAAUAAGUGGAACUGGCUGACUGGUCGUUUAGUGGAAUUCACCUCUUCAGGGAGUGUUCUCCUUUUUGUUACCAAGAAGGCAAAUGCAGAAGAAUUGGCCAACAACCUUAAGCAGGAGGGGCACGAUCUAGGGCUCCUGCAUGGUGAUAUGGACCAGAGUGAAAGGAACAAAGUCAUCUCAGAUUUCAAGAAAGGGACCUUUCCAGUUCUGGUUGCUACAGAUGUGGCUGCUCGUGGUCUGGAUAUUCCUUCCAUUAAGACUGUGAUCAAUUAUGACGUGGCUCGUGAUAUUGACACUCAUACUCACCGAAUUGGUCGUACUGGUAGAGCAGGGGAAAAGGGUGUGGCCUACACCUUGUUGACUCAGAAGGAUAGCAACUUUGCUGGAGAUCUUGUUCGGAAUUUGGAAGGGGCCAAUCAGCAUGUUUCAAAAGAACUUUUGGAUUUAGCUAUGCAGAAUGCUUGGUUCCGGAAAUCACGUUUCAAGGGAGGAAAGGGCAAGAAGCUCAAUAUUGGUGGUGGUGGUCUGGGGUACCGUGAGCGGCCUGGCUUAGGAUCAGAGAGUGUGGAUCGGGGGAGCAAUAGUGUAAUGGUCAACUAUGAAGCAUAUAAGCCAUCCUCAGGAGCAAUGGGGGACAGGUUAUCUGCAAUGAAGGCGGCGUUUCAGUCCCAGUAUAAGAGCCAUUUCGUUGCAGCCAGCUUUAGCAACCAGAAGGCAGGCGGCUCUUCAGCAGGUGCCAGUGGUUGGACCAGUGCAGGCAGCUUAAACUCUGUGCCAACAAAUUCAGCCCAGCAGAACUCAGCAAAACCUGACAGUCCCAUGGGGGUUUCAGGUUUAGCAAAAGGUAUCCCAGGUUUCACUAGUGCUGGAACCUUAAACAGCAUCCCCAGCUUUCCAAGCGCUGGCAUUCAGGGUUACAACAGUGCAAAUGCUGGCAACGGCAACAGAGAAGGUAACAGUGGAGGCAGAGAAAGAUACAAUGACAAUCGGGGUAGCAGUCGCCAUAGUGACGGCCAGCGCCAUGGAGAUGGCGGCAAUCGCCAUAGUGAUGGCCAGCGCCAUGGAGAAGGCUACCGCCAUGGAGAAAACCGCCACGGGGACAGCCAUCGACACAGUGAAGGCCGACAUUCUGGAGGUGGGAGCGGCAGCGGUAGUCGCCACGGAGACAGCCGAAAUAAUGGGGACAGCCGGAACAACAAUGAAAACAGAAAUAAUGAAAAUAGGAAUAAUGAGAGCAAGAAAGAAAGCAACAACCGAGACAACAGCAAGACAGAUGGUUUUGCAGUUCCUGAACCCCCCAAACGCAAGAAAAGCCGAUGGGAUAGCUAAGCAUCUGGGCUUCCCCACAAACAGCAAGGUGCUUCUCUCUAAGGAGGGUCUCUGUACCAGAAGUGGCUAUUUGGAAGGAGAAGAGUGGACACUAGCAUUCCCCAAGGAAGCCUGACUCAGUGCAUCCAGUGUUAACCACCUCCCCUUAAUGCCACAUUAAUUUUGUGCUUUGGUCAAAAGAAAGUUCCCUUUUGAAUAUAAUUUCUCUGUGCUCUGCCUUUUAAAAAUCCAUCCAGAGAGGCUUCACAACAACAAUGAUUAUCCUUUGCAAGAACAAAACAUUUAUGUGAUUUUUUUAAACUAAAUAUUUCUAGAACAGAGGCGUGAAUGGGGUAGGCUUUAUUUUAACUCUAUCAUCAUAGACUUGACAUAAACUACAUAAACUAGCCUGUUUAGGUGGUGUGCCUGCCCAUCCACUUUUUUCAUUUCUAUAACGAGAAUGCUUCUACACACUUCUUUUCUGGCUAUAAUGGCUCUCGUACCCAGGCAUAGUUCCCUAGUUACUUUUUUGUUAAUGUCAUACACAUGCAACAGUUCAGACAUGGACUGUGUUUGAGAGAAUAUGCUAACAAACUGACAAACCAGUGGCCAUUGUAAAUAUGCAAGUAGUGGUGAUCCCUAGGGCAGAAAUCCAGGGGUGGAAGGGAAUGUAAUUAGCCCAUUUACACCAAAAUCUUGGAUCGUGCAUGGAAAGUCUUCUGCUUCAUUAUGGCUUGUGUCAGUCCUUCAAGUAAUCACUUUUCAUCUGAUGAAACAACGCUGACUAGUUUAAAUCCCUUUCAUUUUGGAUUUCUGAGUACCCAGGUUUGAUUUCUUUUUGUUUGUUUUGUCAGUUGUUGGUUUCAGCAGUUAAGAAGGCAACAGAUCCGGAUCACUCCUUCUGUCCUUUAUAUUCCCUUAAUAGUAUCAGCAUGCUUGUAGCUAAGGAGAGAGAAUUAGAUUUGUUUCUUAGAUGUGGGAAGACAACACAGCAGAUACGUAGGCGGUAUGCCACUUUCCCUUCAUAUGUAAGCUAGGUAAGACAAUGUCGUUGGCUGGAAUUUGACUCCUCUGAUUCAUUAAAAUUACAAUAGUAUGUAGAAUAAAACUUAAUUCCUGGGACAAAUGAAAACAUCCAUGCCAGCAUAUGCAACAUCCUAUCACCUGUAUUUUGAAUGCUUCCUUGCAGGAGCAGAGAUUUAAAGUGCACAAGAAAACUGUAGUAACUCUAGCAGACAUUUACUUAGAUUGAAGCCUCUCUAUCCAGGAAUGAUCCAGGUUUUUCUUGUAUUGGCUUGUAAACAGGUGUAGACUCCUGAAGCUACAUUAACCUCGAAUAGAAAAAGACCAUGCAUGCAGCUAUGAAAACAGCUCCCCUACAGGAUUCCCUAGGAAGCAAGUAGGAUUAAUUCUGUUCUUUCAGCUGUAUUCAUUUAGGAUCUCCUGUUGAUUACUUUGUGGAUGUUUGGAAAGUUAUCUCUCCCCCCCCUCCCACAUUAGAAAAGGCUCAGGAGGGUGGAGGAGGGGCACCUUUCAUGUAUAGUAUCAAGUUUCUGUGAUUUGGGGGCCAAGCCACCAAGGUUUUAAACUUUGUAAAUUUGGGAAUGGCUUUUGAAGAAGCAGACAUGUGAGGACCUGUGCAAAACUUUUUUCAAAAUGACUGUCAUACACCUCUGGAAAGUUGAUGCGAAAUGUUUUGCUUGAUUAUAUUUUUCUUUAACUGCAUGUUCUUAAACUUUUUUUUCCCCAGAGUAAUAGAAAAAUCUUGUUUGCUGAAAAUAGGUAUGUUCUUGCUUCACAUUUUUAUGAAGAUAUAUCUGAAGCUGUGUUAAGAUUCUGUGACAUGCCAUUUCCUUUAUUUUCCAUGUUUUCUUCUAAUAAAUGUUUUAUUACUAGUAUAA